CAGUCCAUGCAGAUGCGCGCCGAGAUUUACUCUUAGGUCUCUCCAGCUACUUAACUAACUGUGCUUCCAAUGUGCGCAACGUAAAGAUAAGGCGACAGGAUUUGGUAAUAUCCCCGAAGGAGCCCUCCAAGUCGUCACCAUAUUCCACACGCCUCCUGUUAUUGCUUUACUUCCUCUGUUAAACUGAUAUUGUCUCGCUUCAACGACACACUGGACUGUUCGCACUUCAGGCGCGGGACAGCAUGACUGGUGGACUCAAGGACGGUGAAACUGACGAGGGAUUUCUGCACUCGCAGUUCAUCAGGAAACAAGGAAACAUAUACAAACCAAAUAACAAAGAGAUGGAUAACGACAGUAUGAGCGGGAUGAAGACGAUGCAGGACGUCCACACGAAAGAAAUCGACCUGGUGAACCGGGACCCCAAAUACUUAAACGACGACGUUGUCAAGGUGGAGUUCGAGGAUGUGAUCGCGGAGCCUCCAGGGACAUACAGCUUCGACGGCGUGUGGAAGGCCAGCUUCACCACCUUCACGGUGACCAAGUACUGGUGCUACCGUCUCCUUACCGCCCUGGUGGGAAUCCCGCUGGCGCUGGUCUGGGGCAUCUUCUUCGCCAUCCUGUCCUUCAUCCACAUCUGGGCGGUGGUGCCGUGCAUCAAGAGCUAUCUGAUCGAGAUCCACUGUGUCAGCCGUGUUUACUCCAUCUGCAUCCACACCUUCUGCGAUCCUCUGUUUGAAGCCAUGGGCAAGUGCUUCAGCAGCGUCCGCAUCAGUACCACCAAGGGGGUGUAGAAGAAGAGGAGGAAGAAGAGGAAAAUGAAUGGAGGAUGUGGGGAGGAUGGUGGGAAUGAGGUGAGGGCUGGAAACCAUAACAGAUUUUAAAGGGAGAGAAGACACCUGAAGAAACUGAAAGAAAAGAGAGGGAGCAACCUUUUUUCAUCAAAGAAGAGGGUGAGACAUUUCUAGAGCUGUGGGCGGGAUGUUGGCGGUGAGGGGGCGGAGACACAGGGAGUACCUUGCCCCGCCUCUCUUUCUCUGUCUCCCUCGACGACUAUCGUUUCUCUCUCCAGUGCUGGUUUAACAUGGGCACAUGAUUAUGUCAAGUCAUUCCUUGAGGUCUUUGUUUAUAUUUUUAAUUUAGUUUUUGUUAGUGUUGUUUAUCAUUGCAGGAGUACCACCACGCUAGCCACCCCACCCCCACUCCAUUAUUCCUAACAUUAUUCCGAAAUGUUGUGUGAUCCUCUCUCUGAUUACAGCUUGUUGAAUGAAGGGUAUGAUUGGUUGAAUUAUUGAUUGAUUGAUUAGUUAGUUAAUUGAUUGAUAGGCUCAUAUGAUGGAUUUUGGUGUCCUCUCUGCUGGGUUUGUGUUCCUAUUUUUGGGAGGGUAAUGCUUUGGGUGCGGGGGAAGGGAUAUCCCUGUGCCUGUCCCAUUGCGUUGUUUGGAGAGAGUUGACAAAUCCCACCUAACACAGCACAAAAUCCGAGAGCCAAACCCCUCUCAACACCCCUCUCUCAGUCCCACUACCCCCCCCCACCACCCCACCUGACCCCCUCACACACCCUCCACCCCGCUAUGCCUGCCUUGACUCCGAGUCUGAAACACUGAACCUGCCCUUGUUUCUGCAUGCACCCGCUGUCAGUCUGCAUGUCCUGACAGACAGACAGGCAGGCAGACACACGGGUAUAAGACAACCACCUGAUGACAUCAUAAUCACUCUCUCCAUCAACACUGUUUUGUUCCAGCUCCAAUCCAAGCAAGAGAGAUGAAAUUCUAUGACAACAACCAAGUCUACGAACGGAACAGCCUUCAUGGUAUAUACCAUUUUUCUUUGUGACCGAGGAUGUUUUUUCAUGUUUGCCUUUGAAUCUCAAAAAAAUAUCACUUGAAGUUUGUUUCAUUACAUUUACACAUGGGGGAAUCUUCCUUUAAACCACGUGAGGUCUCUUCUCUGUAGAGGGAGGGUUGAACUUUCAAUGUUGAUGCGCAUUUGCUGUAGCCGUAGCUAAAUAACCAUGCUUUAUCUACACUUUAUGAAGAACUUUUUGUUUUGAGCUUUGUUUUGAGUUGCUUUGUCUUUUUUAUUUUUUUAUUUUUUUUACUCCACGGUGAGUUUUGAGUUUAUUCCCUGAUUGAAUAGUAUUGUCUGGUGUAGACUUCUGCUUAUUGACUGUCGUCCACAGGAGGCUGCUGAGGCGAGGACAGCUCAUAAUGGCUGGAUGUGUUCGAUACCAUUUCAUCCGUUCCAGCCAUUACUAUGAGCCCGUCCUCCCUAAUUAAAGUGCCACCAGCCACCUGUGCUGUCGACAGCUCCAACCAAGGACUAUCAGCUAAUACAGUGCCCUCAGAAAGUAUUCAGACCUCUUCACUUUUUCCACAUUUUGUUACAUUACAGCAUUAUUCUAAAAUUGAUGAAAUUAUUUUAAAAACCUCAUCAAUCAUCAGAAUGUCCUCAUCAAUCUACACAAAAUACCCCAUAAGGACAAAGCGAAAACAGGUUGUUUGAAAUUUUUGCAAAUGUAUUAAAAAUAAAAAACUGAAAUUUACUGGAAAAGUCAAGUGGUCUGAAUACUUUCCGAAUGCACUGUAGGUCUCCCACCCCUGAAAUCACUGCUGUUUGAUAGCGAAUGGGGGCAUGUUUUUUAAUAUACUGACAUGAAGCACACUUUGUCUGCGUCCCAAAUGCCCCCUAUAUAGUGCAUUAUAUAAGGAAUACCUGCUCUCUGUGAGGAUGGUAAAUAUUAGCACGUUGCUUGAUUGAAUGAAAAAGGUCAUAUGUAUUUUUAUAUUAAAAUGACAUUUUCCUUCCCUUGCUUUUACUGUACAAUCUCACGUCACUGUGCACAUUAAAAUGUAAUAUAAUCCCAUCUGCUAGUGAUGCUUGCUUGUUAGGUUUGUUUUGUUUUCUUUUGUUUUGGUUUGUAAAUCUGUCUCUCAUUGAGGAGAGGUGAAUUGUUGUCAUAUGAUUCUGACCUUCGUUUGUCCAUAGAUAGAAUGUGAUAUUUAGACUAUAUUGUGCAAAUACACCUACACUACCGUUCAAAAGAAAUGUUCUUGUUUUUGAAAGAAAAUAAUAAAAAAAAUUGUCCAUUAAAAUAACAUCAAAUUUCUCAGAGA